AAUUUGGCAAGCAAAUAUCGGGAAAUGUCAAAAUCGUCAAAGUCAAAAUCAUAUGUGAUUGUGUUUGGUAUCUGUCACAUUCAAAUUCUCGCUAUGUGAACAAAUUAUUUACAAAAAGAAAUCAAAAAAACGUGCAAAAAAUUCACUGUAAAUUCACCGGAAGUGUCGGGUUUCGUUAAAUUCCUUUGUGCAAAGUUCCUAUUCCAGAGCGGUUUGAAGUUAAAUGGGGGUUAAGGAUCUUUUUACAUGGUAUCAGAAAAAAAUCGGUACUUAUGACAAGCAGAAAUGGGAAACGACUAUAGAACAGAAAAUCCUCUACGGACUAACGCACGUCCAGAUGAAGAGCACUAAACCCAAUACAGAUUUUAUUGACCUUGAUUUGGUUCGAGGUUCGUCCUUUUCGAAAAUCAAACCAAAGCAAGGUUUUAUGACCGUUGCUAAACUAGCAACGUUUCGGUGCUUAUUUCUCCCGAUUUAUUCCAAAUGGUGGAUGCAACAAACAUCAGUAUCAAUUUUUACGCUUAUGUUUUGUUUAUACGUUUCUCAACUAACAAACAUCGCAAUAUACUACAAAAAUUCAUGGACAAACCAAAUGUUAGAUAAGUCACCUGAAAAUGUUAUGUGCAUGGAAUUGAUCGUUCCAUUCCUAAUGACUUGGGUUUUAAGCCUCGUACAUUCUCAAAUAGCCGCAACAAUGCCAGUAACCGACUCGCAAAAAACCAAGCUAACAAAAUCGCGAAAUUUCAGACGUAGAUUGAGCGCAGUUAGAAAAAUACCAACUGACGGCUCCUCGGCCGAAUCUCUCCUAAACCUGCGAAUUCAUAAAAAAAACAAGCGAAUUCAUUUUAAUCUGAACAGCGUUUCCGAACUGAACUGCAAGGAAAUCAACAAAAAUCUCAGGAAGCGCCGAUCUAGUGAUGGAGUACCAGCCGACGACGACGGCUUCGAGAGUCUCAACGGUAACGGCUCGAGGACAAGUGAGGAAGAAAUAGUACCAACUGCGUGCAAAAAUGCCCUAAAACGUUGCGACGAAUGGGUUAAAAAGCAAUCCCUUUCGAACAUUUCCACCGAAUCGAGACACAGUACUGAGCCCGAAAGCGACGUCGAUGAGUCCGACGUUAAAAGAGCGAAAUAUAAAAUACCCACAAUUAACAUAACUUCAAUGGACAGCACGUGUGACACUGACGACGAAUAUGAGAAAACUUCAAUCAAAACCAGCAAAAUGAGCUCCUCAACCAACGAAUGGAUGAAUGUUACGACCAACAGCGAGGACUGUAGCUACAGCUCCGACCUGGAUGAGGUCUCCGACGGUCACAUUGAAACAAAUCAUGACGAUUAUGAUCACGAUUUGACCUCGACGGCCGUUUUCAACCCACCCUCAAUCAAAGUCAGUUGCAUCAUUUGGAAGCGAAACGAAAUCAAAAAAGCCGAUCUUUCCAUGCUGGAUAUCAGCUCGGCCAUCAUCGGCAAAGUCGAGUCAACAUCACAAAGUAUGGACUAUUUCUACCUCGGAAUCAUUGUUUCGACCAUUCACGCUUUUAUCCCGAUUUUAUUCCGAGUGUGUAACUCCACCCUCGAGUCAAAUUCGUUCGUCGAUGGACAAUAUUCCAUUUUCGAAUUGUUUGACUCGAUCAUGGGUAAAUUACCCAACUCGGUGCCGACCUUAAUCGAGGCGGCUUUCGGAACUACUUUAUGGGAACGGGCAAUUAUAAUAACGGCGUGUCUGCAACGCUGGUUCCUGGCAAGUCUCUUCUUUUUCCUCCUGGCCGUUGCCGAAAACACAUUCAAACAGCGCUUUCUCUACGCGAAGCUCUUCUCUCAUUUGACGUCAUUCCGACGUGCCCAGCAGUCGGAAUUGCCCCAUUUUCGACUGAAUAAAGUGCGAAAUAUAAAAACGUGGCUUUCGGUGCGCUCGUAUUUGAAACAAAGAGGGCCCCAAAGAUCCGUCGAUGUUAUUGUUUCGACAGCUUUUAUCAUCACUUUGCUGCUUUUGUCGUUUCUCUGUGUCGAGUUGUUGAAGGAAACUGGUGCUUUGAAUUCGCAAUAUCACGUCGAGGCUUUGAUUUGGUGUUUGGGAGUGGGGAUUCUGCUGCUUAGGUUUAUGACUUUGGGGAAUAAAAUUAACAAGAAGUAUAGGAAUCUGUCGGUUUUGAUCACGGAACAGAUCAAUUUGCAUCUGCAAAUUGAGCAGAAACCGCAAAAAAAGGAGGAGCUGGCGUUGGCUAAUAAUGUGCUGAAGUUGGCCAUCGAUCUCAUUAAAGAGCUGCAAAGUCCGUUCAAAAUUUCAGGCUUGUCGGCAAAUUCCAUCUUAUACAACACCACAAAACUGAUAAUUUUGUCGGCACUUUCGGGGAUCUUAUCAGAGCUGUUGGGAUUUAAGCUGAAGUUGCAUAAAAUCAAAAUUAAGUAAGAUUUUAGUCAUACAUUGUUGUGGUUUAAAAUGUUUAUAUUUGUUUACACCAUUUUUCAACUGUAUAUUUUUUGUAAGUGCAAGAAAUGACUGUUUUUUGUCUAGUGUUAGACAACUAGUAAAGGGUAACCCUGCAUCUAUUUUACUUCUACAUCGUGAAAUCUCCUAUUUUUAUGCUUUUUAUUUAGUCUUUAAUAAAUUAUCUUCUGUGAUAAUCCAUUUUGAGCAGCUAUUUUUACGUUUGAAGUAUCAAGCUUUCAAACAAUUUCGGGUCAAAGUGCCCUAGGGACGAAGUAAGUUGGCAACUCCGUGCCAAUUGUUAGUUAAUGUUGCCAACUUAAAUUCAGCCAAGGGCCACUUUAAUCGAAAUUCGAAAGCAGUUGCAAUUGUAGUUAGUAUGUGUUAUCAAACGUGGCAAACCUUCCCCAGUGAAUGUUUCAAUGUUUUACCAGCAAUCAAAAACCUUGGUAGAAUGCAUGACGGUGUAAAUACGUACUUAAUAUAAAAAAUGAUCUCCAUAUACAAAAAAUUGUAUUUUUAUACAUGAGAUUCAUAUUUUUAUGAAAUAUAAAGUCUGGUUAAUCUCCGCUUAUAAACUUCGUUUUAUUUUUACAAAACGCAUUGUAUCAAGGUUAAAAGUAGGCGCUUAGCAUGCAAACAAAAGCUCAAUAAGAACAGGGUUUUGUUUCUUGUUAGAGUAAGAAAUCAAUUGUAACUAGAACACACUUUAUUGUAAAGUAUAUAAAUGUUAAUAAACAUGAAGAGAAAAA